GAGUGUGUGAGUCUCUGUGGUGUGCAGGAGCUGCAGAGCUCGUUCAGUCAGAUCUGCCUCCAGGAGCCGCGCUCGGUGCUGGAGCUGCUGCUGCAGUCGGAUCAGCCCGAGCGCUUCAGGAAGGCUCAGGCCUUCAUCCGGGCCCAGGGCCUCUCCACAGACACGGUGGCCGAGCUGGUCUCCUCCGCCGUGGCCCAGGCGCUGCUGGCCUCCGCCCACGACCUCCACCCGGAGAAGCAGGUAUUCCGGCCGUCGGAGGGGCGGGACUCGCUGCUUCAGCUGAUCAAACUAUGUGAUGACCCGAAUCUGGUGGGAAUCAAACUGCUGGAAAACGUCAACGUGGUUCCACUGAGAGACCUGAGCUGCAUCGUGGAUCUGCUGAUCGCUGCUCACGACUGUUUCAGUCUCACCUGUAACAUGGAGGGAAUCGUCCGGGUGCUGCAGGCCGCCCGUCACCUCAGCCACACCUACCUGGCCCCGGGGGAGCACUACGGCCUGCUGGUGCGUCUGCUGACAGGCAUCGGCAGAUAUGAUGAGAUGACGUACGUCUUCGACCUGCUGCAUCAGAACCAUCGCUUCGAGAUGCUGCUGAGGAAGAAGGUGGACAUGGAACGAGGACAGAGCUCCAGUCUGAAGACGGCUCUGCUGGACUACAUCAGGCGCUGCCUCCCUGCAGACAGCGAGAAGCACAACAUGGUGGCGCUGUGCUUCAGCAUGAGGAGGGAGAUCGGAGAGAACCACGAGAUGGCUGCCAGGACGCAGCUGAAGAUCAUCGAGUCUCAGGAGUGGGUCGUCACGCCGGAUCUGAAGAGCUCAUUGGUCAAAGUGUUGGGUCUGUUGAAGGACGCAGCUGAGAGCUUCUCCAAGGACUCGUGUGUGCGUCAGGCGACUCGCUGUGUCCUCACAGCUAAGCUAGUCGCUCUUCAGCUCCACUUCCUGAACCAGGGCUCAGACGUACGUGUCAUCAACCUGCGUCCUGCGGUGCUGCUGAACACGCUCGUCCAGCUGCCGCGAUGCUACCAGGUGUUUGUGGUGUCGGAGGCGUACGGCGUCAGUCCCGACUGGGCCGAGGUUCUGUUCCAGAAGGUGAUUCUGAAAGGAGACUUCGUUUACCUGGAGGAGCUGAAACGCCACCGCCCGCUGACCUCCAGCCUGUUCGAGGACAUUUUCAAGAAACUGGACGGCGCUCCCAGCAGCGUCACUGUGCACGUGAAGCGCCUGCUGACGCACUGCGAGGACGUGUACAGCCGCUACAGACUGGCCUACCAGCAGAAACUGGACCACGUCACCAAAACCAUGCUGCAGGACGCAACUUGGAAUCAGAGCGAUCGUCCUAUUUGA